AUGGACGACAUCCAGCUCUGCAAUGACAUUAUGGACCUGAAGCAGGAGCUACAGAAUUUGGUUGCCAUCCCAGAAAAAGAAAAGACCAAGCUGCAAAAGCAGAGAGAGGAUGAGCUAAUCCAGAAGAUCCACAAGCUGGUGCAGAAGAGAGACUUUCUGGUGGAUGAUGCAGAGGUCGAGCGGCUAAGGGAGCAAGAAGAAGACAAGGAAAUGGCGGAUUUCCUGAGAAUCAAGUUAAAACCUCUAGAUAAAGUAACCAAAUCUCCAGCCAGCUCCCGAGCAGAGAAGAAAGCAGAGCCCCCACCUAGCAAGCCCACAGUGGCCAAGACUGGGCUGGCACUCAUCAAGGAUUGCUGCGGGGCCACCCAGUGUAAUAUCAUGUAG